AUGUACCUCUUCGGUCGACUAGCAAAGAGACCCCAUAAGCGAAAAAUUGGCACCGUCAAUCAGCCUACAGACGACAUGGCUUCUGGGUCCUCGCCCACCGAGUCCUCGGUUUACGAGUACUACCCGAUCAAACCUCGGUAUCCGACCAGUGAUUCCGAUCCCAAGGAUGGUAUCAAUCGCAAGGUCUUUGUUCGACAGAACAUCGACGAAUGGAGCAGCAAGAAGAUAAACAAGAAACAGGUGGAUCUCUUCAUCCUCGCUCUGGCUAGACUUCAAAAGCUAGAUCCCAAAGAAAGGAUCUCGUACUUUCAGAUCGCCGGUAUUCACGGCCAGCCAUUCGCUCGAUGGGAUGACCCUAGCCCAGAGCCCAUGAAGAAUGGCUACUGUUUCCAUUCCCAUGUCAUCUUUCCCAUUUGGCAUCGGCCAUAUGUAUUCCUUUUCGAGCAUGUCCUGUACGACAUCAUGGUGAACGACAUCAUCCCACGGUUCCCCGAAGACCGUCAAGAUGGAUGGAGGGAGCAGGCCGAGUCAUGGCGUCUCCCAUUCUGGGACUGGGCGCGAAAUGGUCGAGUCCCGGAUCUGGCGAAGUAUCCCACUAUCACUGUUCCAAAACCAGAGGGAGGCACAGUGCGCAUUGAUAACCCGCUGUUCCAAUUCCGCAUGCCUACAGACCAGCCUAUGCGAAGCGAGGGCGUAGGCACUGAGAACACAUGGCAAGACGAUGCGGAGCAGGAAGAUUACAAGAACUUCGGAAACGCGAUCGGAACCAGUCGUUGGCCCGAUGAGGAUGACCAGAAUCCAAACAGCGAGGGUUGGCGACAUGGUGUUGUCAAUAACCGUAAAGUUGCGGAUGCGUUCAACUCGCACGAAGGAUACAACGAUAAGAACCAUGGUCCUGCCGCUGAGAUGGUCUAUCGGUUGCUCACUGUCCCUAUGGACUAUACCACUUUCGCCAGCACCAAUCCGACUUCGAAGGAUCAGAAUGUCGAAGAGGAUUUGAACAUUGAAUAUAUCCAUAACAACAUUCACGGUUGGGCAGGUGACGCUGGUCAUAUGGGAAAUGUCCCUGUUGCCGCAUUCGACCCACUGUUCUUCCUACACCACUGCAACAUUGAUCGUCUCUUCGCAAUCUGGCAAGCACUGAAUCCCGAUAAGUGGCUUGAUAACGUCCACGGAGACAACGCGACCAUUCGCGACUCACAUGGCAAAGAGCAGGCCGUGAAUGAUCAAACUCCCCUCCAACCAUUCCGCAAAGAUGAAGACGGAAGCUACUGGAGCCCAGAAGGAGUCCGACAUACCCCAAAUCUCGGAUACUCCUAUCCCGAGCUCCCUCGGUGGGAUGCGCAGUAUCGGCAACAGGACGGAGCGCUGGAUCAGGUUGCAUUCCAGAAGAGUAUCAUCUCGACUGUCAACACUUAUUACGGUGUCUCUCGUGAUCUAGCUUUGGAUCCCAAAGCUCCUGUCCCGGAGGGUGUUGCGGCAAUUGAUGGUGGGCUCCAGGUGUCUGAUUUUGCUUUCAGUAUUCGAUUCUUGAAGUAUGCCCUCGGUGGUCAGCCGUUCUGGGUCAAGUUGUACCUCGCUCAGGAGGAGGGCGUACAGACUCCACUCACGGACCUGAUCGCUGAAGUAUACAACUUCAGUCAAAAGCCAGAACUGGACGGUGCGGUCGUCUGCGGAAAUUGCACUGAUGGACAGAAGGCGAAGGUCAAAUCCACUGCUUAUAUUCCCAUCACGCCUGUGCUCUUCAAGCUUGCCAGAAGUGGAAGAAAGCUGAAGUCAUUAUCUCGCGACGAGGUUCUGGAGUAUAUCAGGAAGCGAGCAUACUGGCGAGUAUUCAAGCACGGGAAAGAACUUCCACGGUACGAUGUCGAAAAGCUCGACCUCGAGAUCAUCGGUAGCAGCAACGACACCAAAGUCUUCGAGGAUCCCACCAAGCCACCUGCAUUCGAAAACUUCAAGAAAGAACCAACCAUCACCGGUGGUGCGGAUGGUGCGCUUGACCCGGAGUUGAAGCAGCCGAAGAUUGAACCCCCUGCUCCUCAACCCAAGCGUCCAAAGGCGAACCUGCCUCUUUACGGUAGCCUCCGCUUCCCCCGUAUCCUCAAAGCCGACAGUGUUAUUCUCCUCGAGUCAUCCAGCGUGGACCUUUCGACUCCCGAUUCCAAGAUUGAUAUGACUCAGAUCUCCAUCAAAGAUGCCAACGACGACACCAUCUUCCACAUUUCUAUCCGUCGUGGACAAGGGGAGAUUAUCUUCAAUUCUAAGCUGGACGGAUCUUGGGGCGAGGAAGAACGCAUCCCUAUCGGGAGUCGAUUCGAAAAUGAAGAGGGUGCUACGAUCUUGAUCCACGAUCAAGGCAAUGGCUAUGAAGUUUCCAUCGACUGGGUCCAUGCCCUGUGGUUCGCUAAACGUGCCGAUGGCCGGACGGCGCAGUCGAUUUGGUAUGGCCUUGGAGACAAGCAGGGAACAUCUACCUUGUCGGAAGAUCUUGAAGUGCGCACAUAUCCUUCUAUGAAGGCGCUGUUCCUUCAGAAGCAUUCUCAUGAAGAGGAGAAAUGA